UCUGCUCCGUUAACUUCAGCAAUUGCCGUUAGCGCUAGUCGAGCCUUUCAAGCUGCCCGAAGCACACAGCACAGUUUAAGUUUGGAUCUGUAUCCAGGUGCAGCAAAGUGUUUCGUUCAGAAUGUCUGAACUAUUCACGAUCAUCUGUGGCGUAGUGACGUUUCUCAUCUUCGCUCCGCUGCUUCAGUGGUGCGUGAAAAGGGUCCAAUAUGCCCAAAUAAUCGACAAGAUUCCCGGUCCGAAGGCUUACCCGCUGAUCGGAACAACCUACGCCUUCUUCGGGAGAAAAACACAUGAGAUCUUCUACAUAAUAGAUGAACGCACACGGCGCUAUCCGAACAUCCAUCGAAUCUGGACUGGAAUGACGCCGGAAGUGAGGAUUACCAAAGCGGAAUACGUCGAAGCGGUAAUCGGCGCCAGCAAGCAUAUCGAAAAAUCUCGAGGAUACAAAUUUCUUAGUGAGUGGCUCGGAGAAGGAUUACUGACCUCGAAAGGUGAACGCUGGUUCAAACAUCGUAAGCUCAUUACACCCACAUUUCAUUUCAAUAUUCUGAACGGCUUCUGCGAUGUGUUUGGCGAGAAUGGGUCCAUCCUCGCCAAGCGUCUCGAUGCGUUCGCAAACACCGGCCAACCGGUGGACGUGUACCCGUUUAUAACCAAAGCCGCACUGGACAUAAUCUGUGAAACUGCCAUGGGAGUCAAUGUCAACGCCCAAACGGAUGAUGACAACGAGUAUGUGAAGGCAGUUUACGCACUGAGUGAACUUUUUCUAGAACGUUUGGUACGACCCUGGUUACAUCCCGAUAUGUUCUUCAAACUUUCACAAUACGGACACGAUUUCGAUAAAGCCUUAGGCGUCCUUCACGGCUACACGAAGCAGGUCAUUCGUGAGCGAAAGGAAGCCCUCCGGCAGGAACAAAUCGGCACAGGAAAUGGUGAUCCGGCGGAAAAGAAAGAUGUCUUCGGUGUGAAAAAGCGAUUGGCUUUUCUCGAUUUGUUGCUGCAGGGAAAUGAAGAAAAUAAUCAACUCACGGAUGAGGAUGUACGCGAGGAGGUCGAUACGUUUAUGUUCGAGGGCCACGACACUACAACCGCUGGCAUGAGCUGGGCGCUGUUCCUGCUAGGGCUACAUCCUGACGUGCAGGAUAAAGUGCACCAGGAACUCGAUUCCAUUUUCGCCGGCUCGGACCGACCAGCCACAAUGAAAGAUCUGAACGAAAUGAAACUGUUGGAACGCUGCCUGAAGGAAACGCUUCGAAUCUUUCCAUCAGUGGCGUUUUUUGGCCGCACACUAAGCGAGGACAUCACGCUUGGGGGUUAUCACAUUCCAGCACGUACCAUUGUCGGAAUCCAAGCGUAUCAUGUGCAUCGUGAUGAAAGAUUUUUCCCAGAUCCGGAGAAAUUCGACCCGGAUCGCUUCCUGCCGGAAAACACCGAAAACCGCCAUCCCUACGCAUACAUCCCGUUCAGCGCGGGUCCACGAAACUGUAUCGGACAAAAGUUUGCCCUACUCGAGGAGAAAAGUCUCGUCUCGGCGGUGCUGCGGAAGUUUAAGGUGCGCUCGGCAAACACCCGUGAUGAGCAGCGAAUUAAUCAUGAGCUUAUCACCCGACCCAAGGAUGGCAUAAGGCUUUACUUGGAAAGACGCGAUUAACGCUCGUCACGGGGUUACUGAUUUGUCGUGUAACUUUGCAAUCGCAAAAAAAAAUCGUUUAAGUUCCAUUUGGCGGGAACCAUACCUUUAUCUUGAUUGAAACAUGUCUAAUAUAUUAAAUGCGAGCUGAGCACAGUUUAUGUGACACGGGUAUCUGGUUACAAUAAUAUGUGCAGCGGUUCGAUAAACGAGA